UGACCACCAUGGACAACUGAGGGUUUGCCUGUUCAGCUUUCCUCCUAUGUCUCUCUGGGUCUCCAAGAAUCUUACCCUGGAGCUCAGAUUGAACUGAGCCCUUGGCUUGUCUGCUGACCUUCUCAGUGGCCCCACAGGCAGCCAUGGAUGUAGGUCUCUUGGUGCCGCCACAUGUACCCCAGGGUCACGGCAAAACCCUGCGGGGAGUGCGCGGCCAGGGUCCGGCUGUGCGUCGGCAGAGGGAGUUCAUGCCAGAAGAGAAGAAGGACACGGUUUACUGGGAGAAGCGGAGAAAGAACAACGAAGCGGCCAAGAGAUCCCGCGAGAAGCGACGCCUCAAUGACGCGGCCCUCGAGGGCAGGCUGGCCGCGUUGCUGGAGGAGAACGCUCUGCUCAGGGCUGAGCUGCGGGCGCUCAAGCAUCGCUUCGGACUGCUGCCCCCUAUGGGUGGUACCCGGACCCUACCCUCUCUGCUAUGGGAGUCCCCCUGGACUGGAGACUCCCGCCCUAGGGCUGAACAGCUCCCAUCUCUACCUGGCUCCCAUGGCUGCCUCUUGAGACCGUGUUCCCUGGACGCUGGGGUUUCAGGAUGCUGGGGCUGCCUGAUGGCUCACAUGUGGACUGGCCUGGCCACUUCCCCCAGGUCCCUCCAGGACCCUGCACCCCCUACCCCCAAGAGAAUGGACAUGGCUUUGCCAGCUGUUCUUCCAGCCGCCUUCUUCAGCUGUCACCUCCUGGAUAGGCAUGGGGGCCCCAGACCAGAGCUCAGGCCCUGCUGGGGCCUGUGGUCACCUAUACCCACUGGUUGCCGGGCCUCGGGGUCCUCAGACGUGUUGCUGACACCCAGUGUUGAUCCCGUGGGGUUGCCUCCCGGGGUGGCCUGCCCGGUCCCUGGGAACGACCCGGAGGAUCUGGCUCAGCCCUCCCUGCCCCACAAAUUGCGUAUCAAGUCCCGAGCCUCAGGCAGGGUGCCUCGGGGCUGGGAUGGUGGCCAAGGCCCCAUCUGA